CAGACUAAUGGAUCUGCAGCAAAGUCUAAAAGCUGUAAAGUUGUACCUCAAGCUGGUUGCUGUAAGGAUGGUGAGUUUGCAAUAAUUGGAAAAUUAUUGAUUUACAGCAGAAUGAUUAUCCAUGGAUGUUGAAAAAAAAAAAAAAACAAAUCUUCAUAGUAGGUUAAAAUUUACCACACAUUGAGCCAAAGGCCAGCAAAAUACAUUAAAGGGUUUGCAUUCUAAGUGGGAUCAGAUCAGUUCAAUCAAGUUGCUCUGCAGGUUCUGUGGUUUCAUCAAUAGUUCAGUUGUGCUUCAUUAAUUGCCCCUGUAUUUUUUCAAUAGGCAAAAAUGGAAAGGAUGGACAACAUGGUGGGUCAGCCAUUAAUAUGCAGCAAUUUUCCUUUAUUAUUAGGCUGCCCGUGAGGGUAACACUCAAAUUAUCAAGAAAUGAGAAGCAAAUUCACAUUGUUAAGUUUUUUACUUUUUCUUUUGAAAAAGAUCCUCCCAACACUAUGAGCUGUGCUCCUAAAAUUUUCAGCUGUGCACCUAAAAUUUUGGCAGCGCAGCUAAAAAUUUACAUCUGGUAGCACAAAUGCUGCCCAAACUCAAAUUUAAACUUUGAGCCCUGUUAAAAAAGUAUUUCAAACACCAAAAUUAACCCAGUGUCACAUUUUAUAGCCAUAGAACAACAAUAAUUUUUGGAAUUUCUUGUUAGAUCAGAUUAGUCACGUUACUACAUGUCAUGUCAUGCUAUAUUUUCGGUGGCAGAGGGAUGGGAGUGACAUGUGGAAAUGUCCCAGUUGAAAAUAAUGCCAAUCGUUUCUAGCUCUAUCCCAUUCUCCAGGUUAAGUAGCUAUACGCUCAAGCGGGCAAAAAGUGUAAAUUUUAUAAUGUACUGGUAUAUAACUUCCCAAAAUAAUAAACCACUGCACCACUCCGUCGGCACCCCAAUGAACCCCCACUAUAUGGGGUUCUCAUUACAACUGACAUUAAUGCAGCAUGAUUAUAGGUUAAGAAAUAAUGCCUCCACGGCCACUGGUAUAAUUAAGUGUUGUUUUUGGUUGGCAGGAAAAGAUGGACGCGAUGGAGUGAAUGGUGAUGUACAUUUUAUGUUCCUGUCAUUCUCAAAAUAAAUCUUUGCCAUGGGGCUCAUUCUGUUCAUUUACUGCAGUAACAUAUUUUUGCAACAUUCUUCUCCCCUUCCCUCGUAGCUGGUUGUCUGUGUUCUACCCUAGCUUUUAGACAAUUCAUUAGGCUGUUCUCUAAGAAAAAUUAAAGGGAGCCCUGGAUGCUCUGUAUCUGUGAAAUCCAGGGUACCAAGUGUAGGACUUUUUUGAUAAAGCUAAGAUGUCCUUUAGGGGCCACUGGUUGCUGCUAGAGAAUCAGCCCUGUAAUGUGAAUAUUACAUUUUGUUAAUUGUUUUGAACACAGGAAAAGAUGGCCGUGAUGGACGAGAUGGCAGUGGAAUAAAGGUUGGCCUUUCUUAAUGUUAAUGCAUUGUUUUCUCUUUUUGAUUGAAAAGUUCAGGAAUAAAACAAACCAGGGAACUGUAUAUCUCAGACACGUUCUCUGUAGUGAGAAGAUAACAUGUUGCCAAAAAGAAGUUUUACUGUAUUUAAACUAACAUUUUGAAGCUUGAGGUAACGUAAAAAUUUAGGCUUUCCCUUUUCAGAGAAAGAAGAGGAAGACAUAAAAUAAUUUAAAAAAAAAUCAAUAACCUUAAGGGGCACUGUCACUAGGUAUAUUUGCAACAAUGGAAACAGGACAGAAAAAAUAAUUUUAGUCAUAUGUUUUCAUUGUUGCAAGCCUUAACAAAAAAGGAACAAGUUAUUGCUAGUCAUUCAUAUACUGCCUUACGAAAAUUGCUUGCUUGCCUGAAGAGGUUAAUUACAUUGCAUUUUUAUGUGAGUAUGACUUGUCAGUUCCUUUGCUCUUUAGUCAAUUGAGCUUGAAGUUACUUGAGUGGCACUUAAAGGGUGGGGAACUUGUCUCAAAACCUCCAGCUGAAAAUGUUUUGAGCUCUGGUUUUUUUACCAGUCUUUGAAGUUAAUAUCUUUUUGCAUGAGCCUGAUAAAUCCCCUGUCCCCAAUGCCAAGGGGCCUGGAUCCAAAAUAUAAUGAUUAUAUUUUAUCCAGGCCCCUUGGCAGUGGGGACGGGGGAUUUAUUGAUUUAAGACACUAUUAGGUAAAAGUUAAGAUAGAGUAAGCGACACGGUCAACCCCCCACGAUUUCAAAUAUUGAGAAUUGAUAGCAAAGGGAUCAUAGAUGACGUCAUAACGCAGGGCGCAUGACGUCAUUUGUGCAAAAAAUACCUGUUGACUCCGAUCGCCACGAAUUUGCGAUGACGCAAAACGUGUGAAAAAGAUGUUGUUGGCAUUGUAAUGUUUAACUUGAUUGGUUUACUUCUCACCAAUCUCGUUAAGUUUUAGAUUACAAUGGCAUACUGGGUUUAACGAGGAAACGUUCGAAGUUAACAGUACAAAAAUAGCUCAAACAACGCAAAAUAUUUGAAAUUUUAUUGUCGCAAAGUCGGCUCUACAAGAAAUAGCAAAAUUCGGCGAUUAUCCGGGAGAUUUCAUACUCUAAUCUGGAGACUGGGAGAUACGGUCCAAAAUCUGGAGUCUCCUAGAUUAUCCGGGAGAGUUGACAGCACUGAGUAACCUUCCUUGCCCUAUUCUAUGGUUAUACAAAUAUGCACGUAGUCACUAAGCAGGUGUAUCUAGAUAAACUCAGAACAACAAGUUAGUAAUGUUAAUUUAAAUAUGGGCAUGGAGCAGUUUUGGUCACUUUUAAACUAAUUGCAUUAACCCAUUCGCUCCUGGAGAUUUUGCCGAAAAACGCGUUUUGAAGCUAGUCGAGUGGUUUUCUGGUCACUGUCGUGCUAUAAAGAGCUAAAACUUACCACAAACCGGUUUACAGGUCGUAUACUUGGCAGCCUUCUGAUCCAGAUGCAAAAUAUCAGCUUGCGAAGUUCGGGCAUGCGCAGAAAGCCAAAUUUCGAAUUUUCGCUUUCUCUCCUCCCUUCUUUUUUCGCUUUUCUUGCCUCAUUUUUUUUUUCUCUUGCUGGGCAUUUAGUAGGCUUCAUUUUGGUGGGAAGAGUUUUUAGGAAAGCUUUUAGGAUCUUAGGAUUAGGUGAAAGGAAAGGUAGGUGGGUAAUGGAACAAGAUUUUCAUGGAGAUUUUCAGGUCCUUGUCACGUGGUUUUUUGCUUCUUUCUCCGGUGUCCUUGACUGAAUUGUGCUCAUUCUGGUAUGGUUUGAAAGAUCUCUUCACUCUGCACAAGUUAGCGAAGAAAGUUGUCCUUGACCGUUAAAACUGAUGACGUCACAAAGGGUAGAAAGGACCUGGAUCCGCACGGGCGGUUACGGGCGGUUCAGGGGCGAAUGGGUUAAUUAUGUGUUGACUUUUAAUUUUUAGUAAUUUUGUUACUGUCAAUAAAUAAACGUUAUUUAGUGGUAGCAAGUCCAUGAAGCGGUUCUUCACCUACCACAUUCAAAAAGCAAUGUGCCAACCCAUAACUGCAGCACCCGUGCACCAUCAUUUUUCUCCAAUAAGGCUGAAGUUUCAUAAAAGAUAAAUAAAAGAUGAAUAAAAUUAAUAGUAAUAGUCAUCUUCUAAGUUAUAGUGUUAAUUUGUCAGUUUGCGUUUCACCUUGUAAAUAUCUAUGUUAGGGAGAAAAAGGAGAAACAGGGAAACCAGGAAGAGAUGGAAGUGCAGGUGUUAAGGUAUUAUAUAUGCGUUCUGCUUUUCAAAUGGAGGUUUUUAGUUUCUGGAUCCAUACACUUGUAUCUCUCCAUAAAACAUCAGUGAUUAUAUCGGGUGUAGAAAUGUCUUUUGUGUGUUUAAAUGUCGGUUGGACUAAGCAAAAUGAUCAAAAUUAUAACCAGACCAGUUAGCUUUAUUUUGAUCACACCACAGUAUAGAUUGUCUCUAUUUGUUAUUUACCAUCUUCAUCAUCAUCAUUGUCAUUCCUUUGUCACAGUGUGCUUUAAUUACUUAUUGUUAUUGUUAUUGUUAUUAUGUUUUUCUUCUUUCGCAGUUCGUACUGUCCAGGGUUCCGAGAAGAGCCCAGUUUCCUUGGGAGCGACUGGGGGGAGUUUUCAUUUAAUUUGUAGACAGCACUUUUUGUAAAAUAUGGGCUGUGCUUAGAAGACUGAUCUUUGAGAGUUCUUCGAUAUUGAUAUUUUUAUUGAUAUUCAUUUUUUCCACGUAUUUUCCCAGGCCCGUCUUUAGUAGGCCAAGAGCUCCAAUAUUUACAGGCAAAAUUUUUGUUUUAAGGCCCCAUAUCCUAGAGAUUUCAAUCUCUAAUUCUGUAUACUUUGAAAGCUUUUCAAUCGUUUUGAAAGAUGAUGAUGAUGUUGAUGAUGAUGAUGACGAAGAUGAUCAUUAUUAUGUCUUGUUUAGCAGUUCUUACUGCUCAGAUCUCCGAGGAGCUACCAGUUUCCUUGGGAGUGGCUGAGAGGAGGGGGGAGUCGCUAUUAUCUCGUUGGUAGAGAGCACUUUUCUUAAAAUGUGGCUGAUCUUGUGGAGGUCCUCAAUGUUGAUGUUUCCAGGGGUUCUGUUGACGUAUUUUCCAGGUCCUUUGUAAGCAGGCAAAGUCCUCCUUAUUAUUUCUGUUGCAGGGGGUGAAAGGAGAACCAGGAAUGGAUAAAAACAGUAAUGGCGGUGUUAAAGUAAGUGUAAGUUUCAUGACCUUUUUUGUCUGUAAGAAAGAACACUUUAACAACGUUAAUCAGUUCUCCAACGUGGAUUUACCUUCAAUCAAAUAGAUAUGGUUUUUUUUUCUGCCAACUAAUUUUCAGUGUCCAAAAUAAAAACGAAGGCACAUGCUUUAUCCAACACAGCCACACACACCACUCAUUCAAUUUUCAUGUCCCUCACGGUUCUAAAUGUUACACUAGACCUGUUAGUUAGUAUGUCCAAGCUGGCGCUCGACCAAACUAACUAAACAGGUCGAAUUUUAUUUCUUUACGGAUUCGUUUCUAGUAUAAAACAAGUACCGCAUGUAACUUUAAGUUUUCUUCUUGUAUCGCUACAGUAAAGGAUAAAGUGGUGAUCAGGUUUUAAAAUUCCCGAGCUUUUUGGCUUUCUACUAGAAUAUUAAUAUAUGUUCAUUAUAAUUAUAAAUUCUCUUUUUAAUAAGGGUGAGAAGGGAUCUCGUGGUGACAAAGGAUCCCAAGGAGAGAAGGGAUCAAAAGGACAAAAAGGAAUUUCGGGAACGUGUGAUACAAAGGUAAUUACUACCGUACAGCUUCCAGAUUUUCACUCUUUAUAACCUUUAGUGAUAAUUAUCCUUAUUACAAUAAGCCAUAUUAAUUUAAUUACCAUAAACUGCAUGCACGAUCUCUUCCUUUUCGGGCCUGUUGUCUUUAAAAGGCAGAAGUGUACGUGCGUAAGCAGUAAUGCUCGCAGUCUAUGUUUCCUUCUGCCAUAUAUGAUGUUAACGUAAGAUUAGCUCAAUGUCAUCUUGAAAGCAGGAGCCUUUUUCUAUCACUUGGUGUCGGAUCAAGGGCGAUUUCCGUAAAGUUAUCUGUACAGGUGUUCAACUCUGGUUGCAUAUACAACUACAAUCAUGUACAAAAGUCUUGGGACACAUUUGCAUUUGUGCGGCUUUUUUUCAAUUCACACAUGCCCAACCCCUACCCCCACCCCACAAACAACGUUGGACACGUGUCGGCGUGUAUCCAGAAUUUUUCCGAGUUUCAACAUUGUAUAGGGUGGGGGGAGGGAGAACUGCAAAAAAAAAAUCGAAAAAGAUGUCUAACGUGUAUUUUAUAAGGGCUUCAGAAAUUACAAAAAAUUAUGAAUACUGCAUCACUUCGCUAGGACUUUUGUCCAGGAGUGUACAUUAGGAGAUUCUUAGCUUUGUUCCUUAAUUGUAUUUUGUUCUUACAACUUAUUUUGCGUUUUAGAGCAAAUCAGGGUGCUGUUCAACUGGUAAGGACAUUAUUGACUACUGUUGCCUACGAUGUACAUUUACAUUGAUUCACUGGAAAGAAGAGUUUCCGAAUUUUAAGUUCAUAACACCGUGGCCCAUCUUUGGUCAUUGCAAAACCACAACGCAUGAGUAAAUUAUUUUGUCGAUUGAUUCUAACUAGGUUUUUUUAUUGACAUUAGUUGUUAACGGAGAUGUUCAUCCUUUUUUUCUUGUGGAAGAUUGCUCUAUUGGACUCCACUUCUUUGAAAAAGUUCAAGACCUACCAACCCGAGGAGCUGUAGGUGUGGAACAUUUCACCAUUGAUGGAAAUUUGUUUCUUGCUUUUGCCAACCAUCAUGGGGACAUUAGGAAACGGAAAACAAGUUCCAUGAUCUACAAGAUGGACAACUCAACUGGAAGACUGUCUUUGUACCAGAACCUGCAAACAAGAGGAGCGUAUGGCCUGAAGUACUUUUCUAUCGCGAAUAAACAUUUUCUUGCUGUCCCUACCCAUUACGAUGGAACAUACCGGGUGGACUCUACAGUCUAUCAAUGGAAUGGAAAGCUGUUUGUCGACUUUGAGAAAUUAUCAACGAACGGAGCAAGCCACUUCACCUAUUUCAAGGUAAAUGGGGAUAGUUAUCUCGCAGUAGCAAACUACCAUGACGGAAGUACCCAUUCUAUAAAGUCAGUUAUCUACAAAUGGAGCAGCGGCAAGUUUAACAGAUUUCAAGACAUACCAACUGAAGGUGCCGUGAGAUGUACGGCGUUUGUGAUAAACAGAGAAACAUUCAUCGCAUUUGCAAAUCAUUACAACUCCCAACACAAGCGUGCUGUUCAGUCCACUGUGUUCAAGUGGUCAGGAGGUCACUUUGUUAAACUGCAGUCUCUUCAAACUUACGGAGCGCACGAUGUGAAGUUCUUCAACGUCAACGGUCACAUGUUCCUCGCUUUUGCCAACCAACAUUCUGGAAGCAAAAACAACAUCGAUUCGUUCAUUUACAAAUGGAAUGGCAAUGCAUUUGUCUUGUUCCAAUCCAUUCCUACUCGAGGGGCCACCGCAUUGUGUCCAUUUGUGAUCGACGGUCUCACGUACCUUGGUGUGGCUAAUUACCAUGGAGACAGUCAGAAACACAAUACUCAGUCAGUUGUGUACCAGGCCUCUGGAGCAAGGUUCAUCAAGUACCAAGAGAUUCCCACACAUGGAGCGCAUGGUAUGACGUCAUUUGAGUACAAAGGACAUACUUACCUUGCAGUGGCAAACUACUACAAUGGCCAGAAGCACAACAUAAACAGCGCCCUGUACAAGUGGGUAUAG